AUGGAGCAGGAGGUACAUGAGGUACUGGGAGAACCGGACGACAAGGAACGGCUCGACUAUCUGGUUGUUCCCGAAGUGGAUGACACAUACGACCCCCUCGACGGAGACAUCCCCAAUCUCGAGAAUGCAGAUCCGGCUCCCCCAAGGGCACAUCUGGAGUUUGGCGAGAAUGUGGAAAAGGUCUUUGCUGACGAGCAGAUCCCUCUUUUUGAACAGAUCCGCCUCCAGUUCGAAAGCACAUACGACGCUCACCGGUCGCGCUUGACCGCCAAUAUUCUACAGUAUCUCUCUCAGAUGCAAAUCAGCGACGCCAUUUCCACUGUCAUUCCCGUCCUUCAAGGACUCUCGGCCGAUGCAAAGGAUUCUAUUCGUGAAGUCUUGGCAUCGCAACUGGACAAGAUUGUUCUUCAUUUUUUCCAACACGCAAGAAUCAGGACUGAUGAGGAGACACCAGCAGAACUCUCUGUCACCGUGCAGGGUCAAGAUACCAUCACAACUCAGGAGCUAGCUGAUCCGUCGACUCUGCCUCACAACGUCUUCACACCCAUCUUUAUCAACCUUCUUCUCGACCAAAAUGCAGGAAUCGCCCACCAGACGCGGCAGGCUGUUGUCACUGUGGCGGAAAACAUUUCAGAAGACUUGCUAGAAAAGGAGAUUUUGAAUGGUAUUGUCGACGGACUGGAGAGAUUGUAUGAAGCGACUGGCGAGGGUUCUCCCCAUGCACAAGAGGAUGCCCACGACCCAUUCUCGGCGGACAACAACGAGGAACAGGAUGGCGAGGCGGAGCUCGGCAAGAUGCUAGUUGUUGUUCUGCUGACAUCGUUGGCGAACGCCCUUGGAAAAGCGCGCUGUACCGAGUUUGUCCUGCCCAAACUGGAGAAGCUUGUGACGCAUUCGCAGUUUUAUGUCCGCAAGGAAAUUGUGCUGGCUCUGGGAACUUUGUGCAAGGUCGUGGAUCAGGAUGUGGUGGUGAACAAAAUGCUUCCACUGUUCGAUUUGUUUGUGCGUGACGACAGUUGGGAGAUCCGCAGGGCGUGUUGCACAAUAUUGGGAACCUUUUCUUCCACCUUGCCACUGGACCUGAGAAUCAGUAAAGUCGAGGAGAUUUACGACAUUUAUGCUGGGGAUGUCAGCAGGAAUGUGCGCAACUCCGCAAUGGAGGUCCUUGGAGAGGUCAUUUACGGCUUAGGACAGGGCAAUGUCCCAGACACGCUCCUGAACCACUUCCUGAGCAUGGGUCAGCAGCCUAUGAAUGAGCAUGAGCUGGCAGUGAUGUGCGCCUUCAGCUUCCCAGCUGUCGUAUUGACUGCGGGUCGGUCAAAGUGGCCUCAGAUGAAGCCAGUGUAUAUGAAGCUUGCCGGAACAUUCAGAUUCCCUAUCAGGAGGUCAUUGGCAUGCUCCCUUCACGAGGUGGCCAAGAUUCUCGGACCAGAACUCGCCGACCGAGACUUGGCAACGGCGUUUUCAGAGUGUCUCGUGGCGGAGGACGAGGUCAAGGAGGGCGUGAUCGGACAUGUGGUCGAGUUCGUCACGUGUCUCUCACCCAAGAAACGUUCUGAGGCUCUGAGGAAUCUCAACACCGCAUGGCUGGAACUCGAACAGUCAAGCAACUGGCGCCUGCGCGACUCUUUGGCGGGACAGCUUCCAGGACUAUGUGAGAUUGCAGAGGGCCAAGACUUGGUCGAGGUUCUUAUUCCGUUGAGUAUACGGGCGUGCACAGACUCUGUCUCAACCAUUCGCGAAUCUGGAGUUAUGGCUUUCCCUGCACUUUGGGACGCCAGUACUCGCAUUGGACCCUAUGAUCCUAGGGCAUUGUCGUCCGAGGUUGCUGAUGUUUCUGAACAGGAAGAGGAGGAUGGACCAGUGCCGGGCUGCUUUGGCGAGGGCGAAGAUGUUGAAAUGGAAGAUCUGACGGCACAGUUGAACGGACCCACAGACACGACCCUGGAGGCCAUGCCGAGCGGGACGUUUGCAGAGGCCCUCGAAUCAGCGUCAUCCACCUUUGCAUCUACUAUAACAAAAGCAUCGGCAGCUGUUGCGAAUGCACCAUCUCCCCCAGCCACUGUACCAGAUCAGGACGAUGCAGACAGGACGACUACCAUCCAGAGCCAGGUUGUCCGACAGACUGUUGAGUUUGCCACGACAGGAGGAUUCCGAUCUCGUGUGGUAGCAGUCCAAAUUAUCCAGUCGCUGUUGGAUUCGGGCAUGACGGUCGAGGACUUUGAGGAGUACUUCUUGGUGAUACUGAUUGAGCGAUUGGCGACGGAUACUGUUGUCAAUGUCCGCAUCUGGGUCUCCAGGGUUGUGACCUGGAUUAUCGACAGCGGAUUUUAUAACGACGCGCCAGAAUCCAACCGCCUGCAAGGAUUGCUGACGACGAUGCAGCACGACCCAGAUCGCGAUGUUCGUAUCUACGCUGGAGGGCCCGCUGAGCUCCCUAAGCCAAAGAAGAAGAAAAGGUCGAGCAAGUCCAAGGGAAAGAGCAAGAAGAAGAAGAAUGGACCUUUCGGCGCUUCCUCGGACCGGAGUCUCGUCGGGACGAUUGCCGAAGGAGACGAGGAUGCCGACGGUGAUGAGGAAAUGCAGAUCCCUGCUGAUGAGAAGGGCAGCGACGAGGAUGAAGACGACGAUGAGGAGGAAGGCGAAACCGACAGCGAGGAGGACGAGAGCAGCGACGACAACUUGGAUUUCCUGAACUCUGCCAAAGCCAAGGGGAUCUCGAACAAGCCUAGGAACCGCAACAGCAUUGGUCUCGGCAUGAAAGUCAUGGUCAAUAACAAGCUGACCGUCUCUGGCAAGGAGAUCCGGAAACCUAAGACGAGCUGGGACUAUAUCCAUGGCGAGAUUGAUGACGAUGAGGAGGAUGGCUCGGGGGAUGGCACUCACAAGUCGUUUUCAGCAUCACUGGGAUCCAAGGAGGCGCUGGAACGGAACUGGGAUGAGGAUGAGGCCGAUGAUGGUGAGGGUGUGUCGCUGUUUGAUGCUCCAAGGCAGUUUGAUGAGGGCGAGGGCGAAGGCGAUUUUGAUGCGCCAAGGCAGUUUGGGGAGGGUGAGGAUGAGUCGCUGUCCUUGUUUGAUGCGCCCCGUCGGUUCAGCGAUGGCUACUCUGAUGAGGACGAUGACGAAGACACAUUCGUUAAGAAGCUUCAAGCCUUUAGAGCCAGCACGGAUAGCACGAGCGCGGCAGUGACCAGUACGGCAACACCCACGAUAGAAUCGACGGCGACAACAAAGACGGACUCGCCGAUGGAGGUUGCAAUGGAGGAAGCAGUUCAAGAUGGGUCGGAUGAACGGGUGGCGGUCGUUGUCUCUGGUAGCAACGACAAUGCUCUUGCUGGCCAAGAGCCCUCCCACGACGGCGGCCGACCUGUGAGCGAUGCUGAGCUGACGAAGGAACACGAAUUGGUCUUGCCUGCCCCAGUCACGACCCCGGCGGUUUCGCAAUACCCCCCACUGUCACCCGCGACCGCACCGUCGGCUCAGGCAGUAGCAUUGACCUCUCAAGUACAGGCACCAUCCACUCUCAGCUAUGCAGCGUUGGUCAAGAAGGAGGAGACCGGCAGCUGUCACAGCCCCAAAAAGGUUCUGGUGCCGAUGGGAGGUAACCGGGGAGCCGUGACAGUAGAUGCGGCGCAGUCAGCCACUCGGAAUGGAACCUCGUCAUCGACAGCAACAGGACGAUCUCCGGAGGAACAGGUUUUGCGAGUGCUGAAUGCGAAGCUGCAGGCCACGGGCACAUUGGGCAAGAAGGCAGUCCCGCCGCCAUUAUCGCCCAUCAACACCGCUCUUUCCACAACCACCGACGCCAAUGGAACGAAACGAGCUUUGGCGUACAAGGACCCUGGCUCGCCGUCGUAUGCAGCGAUCGUGGCGUCAGGAGCAACGUCUCCUCAUCCCGGGAGGUUGACGUUUUCACCUUUCUCGCCCAUGACCACUAGCGCACCCUAA